GCUACUCGAGACGGAGUCUCGAGUAGCCCUUUUUGUCACGAGCCAAACCAGUCAGUUCAAGGGUCACGACAAUUUAAUAUGAGUUUUGAGGAACCACUCGAGGAGGUUCUGAACCUUUCAACACGUGAUACACUGGUGGAACCAGAUUCGACUGAUACGACUUUCAAGAAUAGUCUGGAUAGACUGACCUUAGACACUUUGAGAGUUCUUUGUAACACAGAAGAUCUAUCUGUUUCAGGAUCCAAGAAGGAGUUAGCAGAUCGUUUUGCACUUAAAAUAGCUAAUAAAAUGAAAGAGAAAGGGCCAGUUGAGUUAUCUAAUAGUUUUCAAGUAAAUGAGGAUCAUGACAACCAGGCCAGGGAUAGGUUGAAAGGGAAUAAUCAUAGGUCCAAUCAGGCACGAAACCAUAUAGCCGAAGAGAGGGUUCUUGAAGAAAGAAGAUUUUUGUCGUUAAAGAGAUCUUUGGAGAAAUCAUUGCAAGCAACAUUAAUGAAAGCAAUAGAGGAAAUGAAGUCGAGUUUGCAAUCAGCUGGUAAUCGGGAUGAGGAUAAGUUUUGGCUGGAAGUUAAGAUGGAUAGACCAAGGGACCAGUUUGAGUAUGAUGAAUAG